GGCACGAAGCCCCCUCUCCGGGCGGCCUCUCCCUCAUUCGACCUCGCGCGCAGCGAAGAUGGCGGCCGCAGUGCGCGCUAUCGGCAGCUUGGGGCGUUUCGCGGCCGCUGCUAAGUAUUGCCCGCCCCGCCGCUCGGCGGCUGAGGGCUACGCUUGCCGUAAUGUCUCCACCUCCACUGCUCUUCAGGCUAGAACCCACGUGAGCUGUGAUAUCAAAGGAGAUGUUGCUGUUGUACGCUUCAACACACCAAAUUCAAAGGUGAACACUCUAUCCAAACAAUUGAGUGCAGAGUUUACUGAAGUUAUGAAUGAGAUUUGGGCUAAUGAAGCAGUCAAAAGUGCCGUCCUCAUCUCCUCAAAGCCAGGUUCUUUCAUUGCUGGAGCAGAUAUUGACAUGAUUACAGCCUGCAAGACUUCUCAGGAAGUGACUCAGCUCUCUCAGGAAGGACAGAAGAUGCUAGAAAAAAUUGAGCAGUCUCCAAAGCCCGUAGUUGCUGCCAUCAGUGGUUCCUGCCUGGGAGGAGGACUGGAGGUUGCCAUUGCCUGUCACUACAGAAUAGCAACAAAGGACAGGAAAACAAUCUUGGGAUUACCUGAAGUAUUACUGGGACUCCUGCCAGGGGCGGGGGGAACUCAGCGGCUGCCAAAGAUGGUGGGACUUCCUGCUGCCUUUGACAUGAUGCUGACUGGGAGGAACAUCCAUGCUGAUAGAGCGAAGAAGAUGGGUCUGGUUGACCAGCUGGUGGACCCACUAGGGCCAGGUGUGAAGCCUCCAGAAGCUCGAACAAUUGAAUACUUGGAGGAGGUAGCAAUUGGCUUUGCCAGGGGACUAGCCAACAAGACUGUGUCUUCCAAGCGCUCGAAAGGACUAGUACAGAAGAUAACAGACUAUGCAAUGGCUCUUCCAUUUGUGAGGCAGCAAGUCUACAAGACAGUGGAGAGCAAAGUUCAGAAGCAAACCAAAGGACUGUAUCCUGCUCCACUGAAAAUCAUUGAGGUUGUAAAAGCUGGUCUUGAUCAGGGGCGUGAUGCUGGAUACCUCACUGAAUCCCAGAGUUUUGGCCACCUUGCAAUGACCAAUGAAUCCAAGGCGCUGAUCGGACUUUACCACGGGCAAGUGCGCUGCAAGAAGAACAAGUUUGGAACACCUCAGCGAGAGGUCAAGACCCUGGCAGUGCUGGGAGCAGGGCUCAUGGGAGCUGGGAUUGCACAGGUCUCAGUGGAUAAGGGGAUGAAGACCAUUCUGAAGGACACAACGCAGCAAGGCUUGGACAGAGGACAGCAGCAAGUCUUCAAGGGGCUGAAUGGCAAGGUGAAGAAGAAGAGUCUAACAUCAUUUGAGAGGGACUCUAUUCUCAGCAACAUGACAGGCCAGCUAGACUACAAGGGCUUUGAGAAAGCAGACAUGGUGAUCGAGGCUGUGUUCGAGGACAUUAACAUCAAGCACAAAGUGCUGAAGGAAGUGGAGGCCGUGAUCCCUCCUCACUGUAUCUUCGCCAGUAACACGUCUGCCCUCCCAAUCAAUAAAAUUGCUGCUGUUAGCCAGAGGCCAGAGAAGGUGAUUGGGAUGCACUACUUCUCCCCCGUUGACAAAAUGCAGCUGCUGGAAAUCAUCACUACAGACAAAACAUCCCAGGACACAGCUGCUUCUGCUGUUGCUGUUGGCCUCAAACAAGGCAAAGUCGUCAUUGUGGUAAAGGAUGGACCUGGUUUCUACACCACCAGAUGCCUGGGGCCAAUGUUGGCCGAAGUGGGCCGAGUUCUCCAGGAGGGCAUUGACCCAAAGAAAGUAGAUGCCAUCUCUACAGCCUUUGGCUUUCCAGUGGGUGCUGCCACACUGAUUGAUGAGGUGGGUGUGGACGUGGCCACACACGUGGCUGAGGACCUUGGCAAGGCCUUUGGCGAGCGCUUUGGAGGCGGCAGCAUCGAUUUGUUCAAGCUCAUGGUGCAGAAAGGCUUCUUAGGCCGCAAGGCAGGGAAGGGUUUCUACAUUUACCAGGAGGGGGUGAAAAACAGGAGCUUGAAUUCUGGCAUGGAUGAGAUCUUGGCACAGUUCAAGUUGCCAGCCAAGCCUGAAGUCUGUACUGAUGAGGACAUCCAGAUGCGCUUGGUGACCAGGUUUGUGAACGAGGCAGCCAUGUGCCUGCAGGAAGGGAUCCUCAGCAACCCCGUGGAGGGAGACAUUGGUGCUGUGUUUGGCUUGGGCUUCCCACCUUGCCUGGGAGGUCCCUUCAGGUUUGCGGACUCCUACGGUGCCAAGCAGCUGGUGGACAAGCUGCGGAAGUACGAGGCCGUCUAUGGCAGCCAGUUCACGCCGUGCCAGCUGCUGCUGGACUACGCCAACAACCCAGGCAAGAAGUUCCACCAGUGAGCGUGGCCCGCGACGCCCACCUGAGCUGCACCAUCAGCCUGAGCCCCGGGGGCACCGGCGCUCCACCAAAUUCUUUUUAAGGUUAAUCUGCAAGGCACCCUAGCGAGGCAGGGAAGGAAGGAGGGUGGCAGCAGAUUGCCUUGUGGCUUGUAUCCAUUUCAAGUGCCUUAUCAGCUGCUGUGCGUUGGGCACAUCCGUCCUGUGCCGGUCUGAGCCUGGUGGCUGAGAGGGAGAAUUCCUUCUGCAUUUACCUCUUAUGUUGCACCCACCAGUGCCCCUGGGCCUGGUAGGCGUCAUCCUCCACACGACUGGCCCUGAGGCCUUGCCUUUCCAUGAACCUCCACCAAUAAAUCCCCAUCUCCUGGGUUUGGACUCCAUGCCUGCUUCUCAUCCCGUCUCGCUGGGGCGCAGCCGCUUGGCACCGAGGAACAGAACCACUCCGGGGUGGAAAUAAAGCGUUCAGGCAAUC